UCGAAAGCAGGCGUCGCGGAUCGGCCCUGGAGCUGGGAUGAAGUGCGAAAUGGAGCCGGGCUGCAAGAAGGGCCCAAAAGCGGGCAAGGAUUCGCGCAUCAACAUUAAAAUCUUUCUCGGCCAAACCGUACAGCAGGACUCGUCCGAUACGGGCAUCAGCGACACGGAAGCACCGACACCAGCCACCACCACCACCACCACCACCAGCACUGCCACAGCCGCCGCAUCACUGCAAAAGUCCGACUCAACACCAGCGAUGAGCAGCACGUCGUCGACGACGAUGACGAUGCCCACCGAACCAUACUCCACCUUCACGACCGGAAGCGGAAGCAAAGGCAUCAAGGCGGCGAUCCAGGCGAGCAGUACGAGUUCCAGUUCGCAAAGCUCCAACAGCGGAGGCAAUACGGGAGCGGUUGGUAGCGGUACCACCACGGGCACCACCAGUGGUCGCAGUUCCUCGCUGGCCCAACGGAGAGCUCAGUUUCAGGCGAACCGCCAAAACUCGGAAGCACACGAUCGCCGCCAUCCGCCGCUGGUGCGGGCUAUGUCCGCACCGAUCCGGCCAGCCGAUCCCGACACAUCAAAGUUCCUGCAGAGCAAGAAGAAACCUCGCCGGAGGAAAGUAUUGAGAGAGAAAGACGAAUACAAUAUCUGCGAAGAGGAUGAGUACAGUGAUGAAGGUGGCAACAUCCUUUGUAGUAGCGGCAGCAGCAGCAGCUGCAACGGUACCGGUGGCGGUGCCCUGUCGACGAACGGUGCUGGUACAGUCAAGGGUUCGGCCUCUAUCGGUAACGGUGGUCUACCGUUGCGGUCGCGCUCCGUACUAGGUGGAGCGUGUGAUAUCGAGACACUCGUGUCACUGCUCAGCUCCGGUGGUAGCGAUUCCGAGAAGGAACAGGAACAACAAAACUCGACCCAGAACACGGUUCCACCGAACGGACCGGCGAGCGGGCACGGUGCCGGGUCCGGUGUGGCGUCUCCGGCCUCCUUCAGGCAGCCCUUUACGUCCGCCCACCUGAAGGGACGCGCACCGAUGCUGAAGAAGACCGGUAAGUCGGUGUCGUUCCAGGAGAGCGACCUCAAACCGCCGGUCGCCAACGCCGGUCUCAAUCGAGACUAUCGGAAGCCCACGUUCCAGCCCACGGUAGCGAACCGUGUCCGGCGGGCUGUCCACACGCUCAACGCCUUCCAGCUGAAGGACCGCGAAAAGAGUGACGAGAAGGAACCGAACGAAGAAAAGUGGGCCUCCGAUUGGCUGACCCGGGAAAAGGAUCCAGGACAAAGCCCCCAGGACAGCUCACCAUCGGCCGAGCAUCCGACGAAGCAAGGAGCGGCCGGUGCCGGUGGCGGCAAAACCACCGAGACCACCGGCAAAUCGUCUAGCGCAGCGAUCGCGGGAACAAACGGCGAUCUGCUGCAGUCACCGAAGGAACAGGAAUGCUAUCGGCUAUACCUGAAGAUGUCGAAGAAGGGUUUGGCCGUCUCGUACGAUACCAUACUGCGUGGGAUGCUUACACCGACCGAGCUGCGGGUACUGCAGAAGAAGAAAAGCCGUUGCCAGCGGGCUGAUGACGGUGACGGUGCGAAGGAUGAAAAUCUCAUCGGAUCGGAAGACGAUAUGUUGUCGCCGGGAGAGAACGGUCCGCUAUCGCCGAUCGCCAUUACCGAGCCUUCGCUAAAGGAGCAUGAACUCUCUCUUCCUCUUCCUUGCCAAACGGCUACCAGUGCCGGCGGUCUUGGUAUACUGACGAUUCCCGAGGAACCAUCGGUGAUCGAGCACGAGAUCACAGCAAGUGGUGACUCCGACGUGUCCUAAGUUGGCAAAUCAGACAGAAUCUUAGAGAAGUUGUUAAACUGAGUGCAUAUAUGUGUGUUUGUGCGCGCCAACUUUUGAUUUGCAUUGCAAAAACUGUGAUAGUACUGCAGUAGUAGUGUGCUCUCUCUUUCUCUCCAUUCGUUUUGCCCAUUUGUUACGUUUGCCAAUACGGGGGCGAUGUGAUAUGGCUUGUUGUUGAAGUUGUUUGUUGAUGUUGUUGUUGCGGUUAUUGUGUCGAGAGUUUGGAUUUCGGUUUCGGCUUUUACACUUGGAACUGUUUGUUCCCCGUCAAGUGUUUCUGUUUCAGUCUCAGUGUUUGCUGCGAGUGCUUCUUCUACUCCUUCAUCCAUCACACGCCGACAUCAUCAUGUUCAUAGUGCUUAUCGGUUUAUGCCUGAAGGGGUGGCCUAGAGGUAGGCACACUAGAAGAAA